AUGGCUUCCAAAGAGGCCAAGAUAUCCUUGAAGGCGCCCAAGGGUACACGCGACUGGUCUGGCGCAGAUCUUCUCCUCCGAGAUCAUGUCUUCGAGACUAUUAGCAAUAUCUUUAAACUCCACGGUGGCACCCCCCUCGACACUCCGGUAUUCGAAUUAAAGGAAAUUUUAGCUGGCAAAUAUGGCGAGGAGGCCCGUCUGAUAUAUAACCUCGAAGAUCAAGGAGGCGAAUUAUGCGCUCUACGUUACGAUUUAACCGUACCUUUCGCCCGUUGGCUGGCCAUGAACAAUGUUCAGCAGAUCAAGCGCUACCAGAUCGCUAAGGUCUACCGUCGCGACCAACCGGCCAUCGCCCGAGGAAGGAUGCGCGAGUUCUACCAGUGCGAUUUUGAUAUCGCCGGAUCUUACGACCCUAUAAUCCCCGACGCGGAGAUCCUACGUGUCAUCGUCGAAACCUUCGAUGCCCUCGGGCUCGACAUCACCAUCAAGACCAAUCACAGACGAAUCCUCGACGGCAUAUUCUCCGUCGCAGGUGUUCCCGCAGAUAAGAUACGCCCGAUUAGUUCAGCGGUAGAUAAGCUGGAUAAGGAACCGUGGGAGGCCGUUAAGAAGGAGAUGGUGGAACAAAAGGGUCUCCCCGAAGAAGUUGCCGAUAAAAUUGGUGUGUUCGUGCUAAAUCGCGGUACUAUCGACGAGAUGAUAGAAUUUAUCAAGGCCGACCCGAACCUCUCGUCCAACGAGGAGAUAAAGGCAGGUCUUGCCGACAUGGAUCUCCUCUCUACUUAUUCCAAAGAACUAGGCACCUUUGACAAAGUCUCCUUCGACCUAUCACUUGCGCGAGGCCUAGACUACUACACGGGUUUGAUCUUCGAGGUUAUUCAAAAACCCGCCGAGACGAAGGACAAGGACGGCACGCGAUAUCCGGAGAAGUCGUCCAAGAACGACGAUGCUUCAGCCGUAGGUAGCAUUGCUGCGGGUGGCCGAUACGACAACCUAGUCGGCAUGUACGGCAAGAAGCAGAUCCCCUGCGUGGGUAUCUCUUUCGGCGUCGACCGAAUCUUCACCAUACUAAAGGCGCGGCGCGGGGAUAAAGAAAACCGAUCGCGCCAAGUCGACGUAUACAUCAUGGCGUUCGGCGGUAAGGAGUUCAACGGCCUGCUUCUCGAGCGCAUGUCGGUCGCGCGGCAGCUCUGGGAGGCCGGCAUCCGCGCCGAGUUCAGCGCCAAGGUCAAGCCCCGUCUGCCGCAACAGUUCAAGGCUUCCGAGGACGUACCACUAGGUGUUAUCCUAGGCCAGGACGAGAUUGCGGAGGGCAAAGUGCGACUGAAGGUUCUGGGAACUGGUAAGGGUGGAAAGGGGGACGAGAAGGAUGAGAAGGACCAGGGCCAGCUGGUCUCGAGAGAGAAUCUGGUCGAGGAGGUCAAGAAGUUAUUGCAGACGCAGACUCACAUCCUUCCGAUAAGGUGA